AUGGUUGAGGUUGCUAAUGAGCGGGUUGUAUUUGAGUUCUCUAAGACUUUGAAGAGGCAUAUGAUGGAGAGAAUUUGCCGGGUAAGUCUAGUGGAGGAUGAGAUAGAGGAUGUCGUGAGUGUGGUUUACACAGGGGAUGAGUUGUAUGCUUCUCUUACCGAAGUCCCUAGCUUGGACAUGGAAGAGGUGAAAGAAUUCUCCAUGCUUCUUAACACUACCAUUGAAGAGACACAAGAUGAAGCAUUUGAGAUUCUAGCUACAUCCAAUGACAAAGAGGAGUGCAUUGUCCUUGGACAUAAAGUGUCGAAGAAGGGCAUUGAAGUGCAUUCGGCAAAGGUUUCGGUUAAUGAGAAGCUUCUGCCACCGAACUCGGUGAUGGGAGUUCGUGCUUUCCUUGGACAUGCGGCUUUUUACCGGCGUUCCAUCAAAGAUUUUUCUCAAAUAGAUUUGGAGUUUGAUGAGUCUUUGGGUGUUUUUCUUGGGAAACUAAAGGAAGGAAGGCUACAUGUGAUAACCUAUGCAAGUAGGACCUUGGAUGACGCUCAAAGGAAUUAUGCAACUACAGAGAAGGAGAUGUUGGCUGUAGUCUUUGCAUUUGACAAAUUCUUAUCUUACUUGACCUGUAAUAAGUCUGUUGUGUAUACGGACCAUUCUGCGAUGAAAGAGAAGAAGGGGACGGAAAAUGUGGUAGCUGAUCAUCUUUCUCACCUUCCUCUUGAUGAGAAGCUCUUGGAUCCCGACGAGAUCCCUAUUGAAGAAUAUUUGAGAAAAGAAGCGCUAUUCGCCAUCAUGAGCAAUGAGAUUCCAUGGUUCGCGGACUUUGCGAAUUAUUUGUCUUGUGGGAUUGAACCUCAUGGUUUUAAUUUCCAACAAAGGAAACGGUUUUUCAAGGAAGUUUCGAGGUUCUAUUGGGAUGACCCGCUCUUGUUUAAGAAGUGCGCCGUUAGAGUGUUUAGGAGAUGUGUGUCCAAUCAUGAGAUGUCAUUGGUGUUAAACAUUUGCCAUAGCUUGGCAUGUGGAGGGCACAUUGGAGCAAGCAAAACUGUUGCUAAGGUGCUCCAAUGUGCAUGCCAUUUGCCGGUUGAACUAGAGCACAAAGCUUGGUGGGCAAUUAAAGAGCUUAACAUGGAUCUUCACUUGGCGGGAGACGCUCGAAAGGAAAGGUUAGUUGAGCUUGAGGAACUCCGAUUUGAUGCAUAUGAGAGCUCGAGAUUAUACAAGGAGCAAACAAAGAAAUUGCAUGAUCAUCGGAUUCAGCAAAGAGAAUUCCGAGUUGGGGACAAAGUCUUGCUGUUUAACUCAAGACUAAAACUCUUCCCCGGAAAGUUAAAGUCCAAGUGGUCGGAGCCUUUCUCAGUGUUGAAAACUACCCCUUAUGGAGCUUAUGAGAUUUUGGGGGAGAACGAUCCAUUUUGGGUGAAUGGUCAGAGAUUGAAACUUUAUCAUGAUAAUCACGCUAUUCGUUCCAUUGGUUGUUUGAUCCUUCGCUCACCCGAGCGCAUCUCGUGA